AAAAUAAAUAUGCAGUGGAAACUGUUGAAAGCUUUAGCUUUGCUGAGCAGCUUGAUUAUAGUGCGAAUCAAUGGCAUACAAGAUGCCGACGGCAAGCGCAUAGAGAGCAAGUUUGAGCGUGUUAGCCAGCUAUAUCCACAGGUUACUGCGCAGUCUAGCGAGGCCGCGGAUUGGCGCUUUGCGGAUAAGGACCAGACGCAUCCCUGCAAGCGUGAAUGCCAGGAGCAGCAGCCCAUGACAUGCUACUACUAUAUGGUGGUGCACUAUGAUGAAACAAUGUCCGCAACAUGCAAGCGUUACUUACAGGCCAAGUAUCGUUUUAAGCUAAAUGGUAAGGAGUACGUAGACAACUUUAAAGUGGCGGAGCAGGAGCCGCUCAACGAUGACUGCAAGUAUGCGGAUGGUCUGGAGACGCAAGUUAUGGUGGUUAAUGGCAAGCUGCCAGGGCAAGCCAUAGAGGUCUGCUAUGGCGACACCAUUGUGGCAGAUAUAAUCAAUGCCAUGCACGAGACAACCACUAUACACUGGCAUGGUAUACACCAACGCAAGACGCCGCAUAUGGAUGGAGUACCACAUGUUACCCAGUAUCCCAUUGAGGCUGGUCAGGCAUUUCGCUAUCGCUUUGAGGUGGAUCAUGGCGGCACCAAUUGGUGGCACAGUCAUACCGAGCAUCAGCGCGCCUUUGGUCUGGCGGGUGCGUUGAUUGUACGCCAGUCCCUAAAGCUUAAUCCUCAUGCGCAUCUGUAUGACUUUGAUAGCUCGGCGCAUGUGAUUAUGAUACAGGACUGGGUCCACAACUUUGAUGAGAGUAUUGCUGAGAAUAUUCUAAUCAAUGGACGUGGGCGUAAUAUGAAAAAGAACUCGAAGACAAGACCCACACUCUAUGCCGCAUUUAACGUCAUCCGUGGUGGUCGUUAUCGCUUUCGUGUCAUAUUUAAUGGCGUCUCCAACUGUCCUAUUAGCCUGAGCAUUGACAAUCACGACUUGGUGGUCAUAUCCAGUGAUGGCAAUGACAUUGAGCCUGUGGAGGUGCAAAAGAUCAUGUUCCAUGGCGCUGAACGCUACGAUUUUGUCCUGCACGCAAAUCAGGAUGUAGCUAACUAUUGGUUACGCAUCAAGGGCUACAGUUUCUGUGCCAAGAACGAGCUACAUCAAGAGGCAGUGCUGCACUAUCAGGAUGCAGAUCCACGCGCCUUGAGCACACACACCUUAAGCUAUGCCUAUGAUGCCCCAGGUGUUAUGCUCAAUGAGCUGGGCGAUGAUGCUGGUGGCAGCAGCGAGCAGAGCAUUUCUUUGAUCAGCUUAAACUCCAAGCUUGUGGAGCCGGCCCUAAACCCCUCGGUUACCUUUUAUACCAGCAUGAAUGCUGUGGAGAUGCGCGGCGAAGGUUUUCGCUUCCAAAUGGAUGACAUUACGUUCAGCAUGCCAAAGAUGUCGCUACUACAGACACGAAAUCUGGGCAUUGGACAGUUCUUCUGCAAUAGCUCACAGCAGGCGGCGUUGGGAUUCAACUGCAAGAGUCGCCACUGCAAGUGCUCCAAUGUGAUACAUGUGCCGGCAAAGAAAAAUGUCGAAUUUGUCAUCUCCAGCAAGUCGAUUACGCCGCAUCCCAUUCAUCUGCAUGGCUACACGUUCCGUGUUGUGGGCAUGGGUGUGCUGGGGGAGCAGCGCAUUGGCCAGAUUGAAACAAUUGACAAGCGUACACCUUUACCCCGUCGUAAUCGUGGUGCGCCUUUGAAGGACUCCGUGCAGGUUCCGGCAUUUGGUUACACCAUUAUUCGGUUCAACUCUGAUAGUCCUGGUUAUUGGAUGUUCCAUUGUCACAUAUCGCCGCACUCUGAGAAUGGCAUGGCAGCUGUUGUGCGCGUUGGCGAGGAUGUCGAAAUGAAAAUGUGUCCUGUUAGCAACUGUGGACUCUGUAGUUCCGUGGCCUAAGCUUCUAUGCGUAAGUACUAUUUGGCUUCCCGCUACAAAUUAAAUAAAUGCAUGUAUUUUUGUUUUUAAAUGACAAUUGCUUGUAGCCGAUGUUAAUAAUUUAGAUACAUAUGUA